GAACCCACAUACGAAAAGGAAAGAGAAGUGAAAUCAAAUCACUUUGCGACAGUUUUGUCACAAAUUUGGAAACGGCAUAUUCACUCACAAUGUCGACUUUGUGGACUGCGGUGUUGUUGUUGGAGUUGGUGCUGUGCUUUGCAGUACUCGAUAGCGCGCUUGCGACUGGUGUACACGAUGAUGAUCUUCCACACGGUGUGAUGCGAGGACCGCUUCUGCAUGAGCACAGCUUCCAGGAACCCCUCGUCAAUGACUGGUGGGAGGAGGGCAUACCGCAUUACAUGAUUGGCGGCUCCGCCGUUGCCAACGAGCGCUUCUUGCGCCUGACAACAAACGACCUCGAUGACCACGGAUUCGCCUUCAACACGGCGCCGCUCGAUCACGACAGCUGGGAGCUGCGUCUGCGCUUUUCGAUCCGUCCGCCGCCUCCCGCGGCCGACAUGGAUGGCAACUCGACACACUACCAAGGAGGUGACGGGAUGGCUCUUUGGUACCUGGACCAGCCUAUCGGCGACGACCAUCAACAUGUGGUGAAGUACUCCAAGUCGCUUUCGCCGGAGCUGCGGGAUGAAAUCCUCGACGCGGACAAUCCGUGGCGCGUGGCGGACUUUCUGCUCAACACCGGAGAAGACGAGGACGACGACGAUGACGAGGUGGACGAAGACGACCUAACCGAAAGGGAGAAGGAGGAAGCGCGGCUUGCAAGGGAGCGCCGCGAGGAGAAAAAAAAGAAGCGCGAGGAACUCUUCAAGCGCAUCUUCAAGCGCGGCACCUCCGUCAGCGAGUGGGACGGCGAACCGAGAAUUAUGGGCGUCAAGUACUCCGAUUUCAACAAAGGCUUCGGCGUCAUCCUCGACUCCGUUGGUGAUGAGGCUGCUCACAUCGAUGAGCAUAAAGGCCGGGGCGACGCCGUCGCGCAUCAUCAUCACACCGCCAGCAUUUACCUCCUGCUGAAUUUGCCGAAUCACACCGUGGGCUCUGGGGCUAAAGUGGUGAACAACUUCAACCCUGCAAACGGGAACUUCCGGACGUCGCCGGACGUGCUUCGCUGCAAGUACGACUUCCGUCAACAAGGCACGAAGCCGUACGAUCCAAAAGCGCAGUUGAUGGAUGCCGUGACGAAGGCUACCACCGCCGGCGAGGAGCCGCUGGAGCUUGUGGUACGCUACUACAAAAAGAAGCUGACCAUUAUCAUCCGUCGCGAGGAUGUCUCGAAGCGCGAAGUGACUGCGGUGACAAACGAUAACGGCGUGGCCAUGAGCGAGGUGGAGGUGGCGCGCACGUACACGGAGACCAUGUGUGGGGAGGUGUACCCCAUCCAGCUGCCGCUGCAGUACCACUUCGGUCUCUCCGCCAGCACGGGUCACCGCACCAAGCAAGAGCGCAAGGCGCGCCGCAUCCAGAGCGUGUUCCAUGCGGCGGACAAGAACACGUACACCCACGUGGAUGUGCACGAUGUGUACAAGCUGGAGCUUCGCGAACUGGGCCUCGAUGCUAAGGCGAUGGGGUACUCCAAGACGAUUCCUCUGGAGCACUUCGACUUUGAGGCAGAUAAGCGGGAACGCGAACACUUCUCUCGGCAAAUCCCAGUGGAGCCCGACUCCGACACCGAGCAGUGA